UCCAACAGACAGUUCUCCGGCUUUUACUUCCAGCCCAGUGGCAGCGCUUCCUCCUCUGCCGCUUCACCACCGUCCUCCUCAGGCCCCGCCCCGUAGACGCUGGUUGCAGGAAAACUCGGAAACUGGAGAGCAUCUGAGGAGUCGCUCUGGGCGGCGCAGUGCGCAGGCGCGAGCGGCUGGGCUCCCGACGCGCGCGGCGCUCGCUUGAAGCGGUAGCGCGUUCCUGGGUGAGGAGACCCAAAACCGAGUGACCGAGGCCGCCUCUGCCGCCAUGGCCGCCUUGCGCUACGCGGGCCUGGACGACACGGACAGCGAGGACGAGCUGCCCCCGGGCUGGGAGCAGAGAACCACCAAGGACGGCUGGGUUUACUAUGCCAAUCACACUGAGGAGAAGACCCAGUGGGAACAUCCAAAAACCGGAAAAAGAAAACGAAUAGCAGGAGAUUUGCCAUAUGGAUGGGAACAAGAAACUGAUGAGAAUGGACAAGUGUUUUUUGUCGACCAUAUAAAUAAAAGAACUACCUAUUUGGACCCAAGAUUGGCAUUUACUGUGGAUGAUAACCCUACAAAGCCCACCACCAGACAGAGAUACGACGGCAGCACCACCGCCAUGGAAAUACUGCAAGGCCGGGAUUUCUCUGGCAAAGUGGUGGUAGUUACCGGAGCUAAUUCAGGAAUAGGGUUUGAAACUGCCAAGUCUUUCGCCCUCCAUGGUGCACACGUGAUCCUGGCCUGCAGGAACAUGGCAAGGGCCAAUGAAGCUGUGUCACGCAUUUUAGAAGAAUGGCACAAAGCCAAGGUAGAAGCAAUGACCCUGGACCUCGCUCUGCUUCGUAGCGUGCAGCAUUUCGCUGAAGCAUUCAAGGCCAAGAAUGUGUCUCUUCAUGUGCUUGUGUGCAAUGCUGCAGCUUUUGCUCUGCCGUGGAGCCUCACGAAGGAUGGCCUGGAGACCACCUUCCAGGUGAAUCACCUGGGGCACUUCUACCUUGUCCAGCUCCUCCAGGAUGUGCUCUGCCGCUCAGCCCCGGCCCGUGUUGUGGUGGUCUCCUCGGAAUCCCAUAGGUUUACUGAUAUUAAUGAUUCCUCUGGGAAACUGGACUUGAGCCGCCUUUCUCCCACUAAGAACGAGUACUGGGCCAUGCUGGCUUACAACAGGUCCAAACUCUGCAACAUCCUAUUCUCCAGCGAGCUGCACCGCCGCCUCUCGCCGCGUGGGGUCACGAGCAAUGCCUUGCACCCAGGAAACAUGAUGUACUCCUCCAUCCAUCGCAACUGGUGGCCCUACACACUGCUCUUCACCUUGGCCCGGCCAUUCACCAAAUCCAUGCAACAGGGAGCCGCCACCACCGUCUACUGCGCUGCCGCUCCGGAACUCGAGGGCCUGGGAGGCAUGUAUUUCAACAACUGCUGCCGCUGCAACCCUUCCGCCGAAGCCCAGAACGAAGACACGGCGCGGGCCCUGUGGGCGCUCAGCGAGAGGCUGGUCCAGGAGCGAUUAGACAGCCAGACCACCUAAGGGGUGGCCGCAGCGAAGAGAGAUGGGCACAUCCCCACCGCCAACCCUAUGCACCCAUGGGCUUAAUUGCCAGCCUAGACCCCUUCCGACCUGUAACCUGGGCGGGGACAUGAGGUCCGUGUCCCUCCCAUCAAUCCGCCACAGUAGAAGAAAUAGAGUAGUUGCAAUAGCGUGAAAAAUAUUAGGUACCAAGGGGAAGUGCAGAGUGCAGGUGUGACAGGACAAUCUCUUUGCUGGGGGCGAUGUAGGCUUGGAUCCCUUUGCUUCCAUAGUGGUGGUCUGUUGACAGUGAAUUUUCACUUGGCCUGUGGAUUUCUUGUGUCCCUGCAGAAGCACAAAUGGUUCUCGGUCCCCGUUCAGGAUAGCCGGUGUCCCCCAUCCCACUCGGUUACCACCCCACCACCACCACAGCCUGUCCGCAGCCAGGAGCUGGCUUUCUCCUAUUUAGGACAGAAAAAUCAAGUGUUCAUCCUUCUUGGUUACAUGGAUCUAAGAAAGCCCUGUUUCACUCAUCCUCACCAGGUGUGAGUGGGCUGGAAAGCUCCCUGGGAGAAUUCUACACCUUGGAGGUGGCACUUGGCAAUGGGUGGCACAGAGGUAGUGGGUCGCAAACACAUGGGUCCAUGGGCUCCCUUGCCAAAGCUAUACAAAAAAUUCUUUAGAGAUUAUAACAAACACAUUUUGCAAAUCAUUCCCUAGAUACCUUGACAGGUGGCAAAGGAAGCUCUGCGUCCUUAAGAAUAAGCAGGAUCUUUGGAGGGAGGGGCAAAGUCAUUCUCUCGUUCUUCAGACAGUUUCUAGAAGCUUCCCCACACUAGUCAAGGCCUCUUAGUCCCGCUUCAGUGUUCUGCUUAGCCUUCCUCUUAUCCGCCCAUCUUAAGCUUAAUAAAAGAACAUGCUUGAGUAUUGUCACCUGAAGUCUAUAUUGUUUCUUUCAAUGUUUGUUUCAGUUUUGGUUUUUUGUUGUGUGUGUGUGCAUUUUUUUUUUUUUUUUAGAAAAGAAAUCUAGAGAAAAAAAUAAAGCGCUUCUUGUCGACGCCAGGAAAACACCAUUGUUGUUUCUUCUCUGAGUAUGUUUUGUUCUUGUGCUUUGUGGCUGUCUGUGGGCCGAGCUGUCUCACGCGAUGAGCAUGCCAGCUUCGUA